GUUGACACGUGACACCUGUUUACUUUUCUGAACUUUAGGUUGGGUUCAGAUCACACUCAUCGUUUUCCUGUUGUGUUCCCUGCAUUUACACAAGAUUAGAUUUAAGUCCUACCAUAUAGCAAGUUUUGACACUUCCGCCCAAGCAACAUAACUAGCUUGAGAACGCUGAGAUGAGUUUUUCUAGGAAGAAAUCCAGAAAUCUGGUGGAACUGUACCAGCUCAAUUUGGAGCAACGAAUUGUGCAGGGUGACUCUAACCUGGUAUGCAGAGAUGAGGAGUUGUGUGAAGUGGUAGAGGGACUGCUGAGGGAUGGAUGUUCCCAGGACACACACUCCUUAUUGGGACUGGACCCACUCCGUGUGAUGGAGGACUCACUAAAGACCACACUAGCACCUCCUGUCAAAAGCAGGGUUGGAUUGGAGAGGCUGGCCAGGGCAUUUGAAGUGCUAGAGCUGGCAGCACUUAACCUGUACUUAUGUCCCUGGAGAAAGGAAUACAGAGUGGUCAAGAUGUUCUCAGGCAUGUUCACGCAUUACGUUAAGCCGGCGCUGUCCAUGCAGCAGGUGGCUGAUCUUUUUGGGCUGCUUGGAUACCAGGCUUCAGAGGACAGAUGUUGUGAAGAGCUUCGGCUGCGUUCCCCAGCCCUCCCAGUCUACAACCUGCUCCGCCUGUCCUGUGCCUUCUUCGCUGCACGUUGUGAGUGUUGCCUCCUGCUGUCUGCCAUAAGACCCCAGGCCAGAGGGGUGGAGUGGGAGCUUAAUCUGGUACAGGAGAGGCAGAAAGGCCACAGCCUGCAGGUUGCACUGGACAACACCAAGAGAAGGUUGGAGACCGUACCAGAGAAAGAGAAUGCCCCGGGAUUAUCUGUUGCUGAAGGAGACUUGGAUCUGUAUACAGCAGAUCAGUUUAAUGGGGAUAAAGAUGUGGGGUUGGUCAGAGGUCCUCUCGGUUCGCCUGCUGGGGUGGCCGGCAUGAACACGUCUCGGUCCAUCACAAGAGACUGCAAUGUGCUGUCUUCCCACAGAGAAAAUGUCUGUGUCUCCACACUGAACUGCCAGUUGACUAGAACCACAUCAUUAGUGCCUACCAGAAACACCCAAAUAAACACAAAAAGGGAUGGUACAAAUGAAGAUUUGGCCAAGUCAGAAGGAGUGGAUUCAUUCUCUCGGUCUGAACAAACCUCAGUCAGUUGCUCCCCCUUGUCUUCAGGGGGCAGUUGCAUCAAGAAUAGUCUAGGCUCAUGUGUCGAACGCAGCAGUCGUUUAGACAACAUGAGCUCCCACCUGAUGGAGAUGUGUGACAGUAAGUGGUCUGUCCCGACAGAGCGCAGCAGAGCAUCAUCGUUGCUAAGAAACCCGGGAGAGGGGGGAGUGUCACCGACCCACAGGGAUAAGAGAGAGCUAAUUGACGUCGUCCAAGCAAGAGAUCUCUCUCAGUCCAUUCCUUUCCAUGACUGUUGUACCACUGCCAAUCCAGACCCUGCAUUCACCUGCCUCAUCUGUAGGGUCUUCCACACUAGUGCCUGCACAGAGGUUGAGGUGUGCCAGAGAAAACAUGAGGUGCACAGGUUGGGUAUGUGCAAGUCAGGGUGCCAAAAGCUCCCGUACAUCCUUUGUCGGUACUGCAGUGCAGAGUUCUGUAAAGACUGCUGGUAUAGAGCACCACUUGACUGUGCUUGUGGCCAACCCUUUGACCAGUCAACCUCAGUUUAAGUUCAGUAACCAUUUGAAGGCACUUUACAUGCUUAGGGAAAAGCACUGAUAUAAACCUUGAAGGCCCCUUAAUCAAUAUUCCUUCAAAAUAAUGUAAUUCACAUGCUGCCUUAAUGACAAUAUCCUUAACUUGUAAUAUUAAUUAAAAAAAAUGUCUAAUCUAAAUGUAGGUGCAAAACUCUAAUGCUGUAUGUUGUUGCUUUAGUCUCUGUAGGACUUUAAAUUGCCUUUAUUAGUCCUGUUUUUCAUUAUAAUUCAUCCAAUGCCAUUGAUUUUAGGAUUAGGAGCCUCUUGUUAGCCAGCGAUUUAUAAUGUAACUUGAGCUGAGAUAAAUACUGCCAAAUGUGUGUUUUCAUUCUGUGGUCUGCAAAUAUAUUGUUAUUAAAACGGGUUUGAAAGUGAGAACAUGUCUGUUGUGAUUUAA